UCGGUGCCCAGCCAGCGACACUCAUGGCGGCUGCACCCGUCAGGCAGCGCUGCGGGCCGGGGGGACCGCGGGCGCAGCUCCCGCCCUGCUACUACGAAGGAUACCUGGAAAAGCGAGGGCCGAAAGAAAAGGUAGGAUCGCGGCCCCGGCGACUGUGGACUUGUCUGUGCGGGAAUUCUUUGUAUUUCUUCAAUAAUGCCAAGGACAGUCAUUAUGUGGAGAAGCUGGACCUCAGUGGGUUUGUGUCCCUAAAAGACGACUGUAGCCGGGACAGAAACCUGGAGGCAGCCAGACUCAUCUUGCGCAUGAAGGAUGGGGAGACCAAACUCACAGCACCUAACUUGGAAUCAAGGGAGCUGUGGAAAGGUUUCCUCUACUCCGUUGUAGAUCUGAAUGUACCAUCCUGUCUCACGUUGCUGCCGGGCCAGCUGCAGAUGCUGAAGGAGAUGGUGGACAAAGAACGGUCCAGGCGGAGAAAUCGCACUCCCACGCGUGCGCCUCCCUCGCGUGCACCUCCCUCGCCCCUCUCCGUGCCUUUAGUGGGGGAGAUCCCACCGUGUUUUCGACCGGUGUCUCGAACAGAGGCUGAAGUCCUUCUUGAGAGACACCCAGACUGUGGCAACAUGUUGCUCCGUCCAGGCAGAGAUGGAUGCUCAUUGGCUGUCACCACCAGGCAGGACCUUAAUGGGUCGGUGUUCAGACAUUACCGUGUGACUCAGAGGGACCAAGGUGGUUAUGUCAUAGAUGUAGAAAACCCUAUUCCCUGCGCUACACUUCACGAGGUCAUCGACGCUCUGGUCGAGAAAACAGCGGGAACGUUGCAGCCUUUCCUGCUGGAGGAGCCGUACGAAGAGAAUAUCACAUACGUUUCCGCCAAUGAUGAGAACGGAGAAAGGAUCCUCCACACUGCCCCCUCCAGCCCCCUUCCAAAGGCUCCUGCCCUGCCUCCAAAACAGGAUCGGUGGCCUGGCAGCCCCCUGUCCAGGUCUCCUGCCCCCGACCGGCGCAUCCUGACCUCACCAGUGCCGGCCUCGCCCACCAACCCGAUGAGACGGCUCAUCCUCUCCCCUUCCCCUCUCGCACAGACACUCAAUGAGGAACUCAAAAUGAAGUUUGAGAAGAGACGAGCUAGUCAGGAGUGAUUCACUUAUAAGAAACAACCUCUUGUCACAUCAUACUCAAUCUUCAGUGCCAAACCCCUUCUCACCACAGCUAUGUAUUAAUCCUGUGCCUUCUAGGUGGAAGACAAGGGACUGCAAAUAACGCCACCUUCUUGUAUAGGGAGAUACAAAAUGUUGGACUUAGAUGGUCGAAUGAACUCUGGUAAGCUCCAUAAGAGCAAGAUUGGCUGGUAAUCACUGAAUUAGGUUCAUAAACCCUCAUAAAGCACAGCCUGCCUUGGUUGGGAAAACAAUCCACGAGUUCUUUGUCCACUUUCAUAACUCUGUUUACAAACUGCCUCUGAGCAAAAGAAGUAGUGCCACACCAAAUGAUCUUCCUUUAGAUCGGAGUCCACACUGAAUCAGUAUAUCUGGCAGCUAAACUUACCGGAGAAGCACUAACAUGUUCAGGACCACCGAGACUGCCGUUUUCGUGUCUAAGCCCAUGUCUGGGUGCUGAGCUGCUGAUGCAACACUGGAGAAGAAGAACAAACAAACCACAGACUGCCAAGAUCAACACCAGAGACCUGAGACACUUGAUCUGCUCUGAAAGUAAAAUAACCAAGGAUUGCUCCGGUUUCAGCUCAGCAAUUCUCUUCACCCACCUCAACUUCAAAUGUAAAAAACUAAAAAAUGUGUCCAUCACAGUCGAGCUUGAGCUGGCCAGAAUCUGAAAACCGCACAAUCUCUGCCUGCUGCUCGUGAGUGCCGUUUGUGAUUUGAUAAGCAACCAUUAAUUAACCGUAUUGUUGAUUCAAUGACAUUGUUGUGGCUCAUUUAUGACUCAACUUUAACCGUACUGUUGGUGCUUAUUUUAAAGUGUUUCCUUAUUCUCUCUUCUACUGUGUUCGUGCUGCUGUAUAAUGCAAUGACUCACUGUUGCUCAGGCCUGCCUGUGAACUCCAGGUGAUUUCUGUUCCUCUUCAAGCAAAUGAACUGUCUUCAUACGUGAGACUUGCCCUCUAGUGGAAUGUCUGUCAACUGAAGGGACAGAAACCUUAUCGGCACACGGCCCUUACAAAGUACACAAGAACAACACACUUUGCAGACUGAACCAGCCUUUUGGCUUCGUCAUACCAUUUGUCUACCUUUUUAGAACAAAAUAAUAAUUUGUUCUAUCUGAAGGUGCUUAAACAUAACGGCAUGUAUUUCUACAUUAACAUGUAUUAUACCAAUCGGCCAGUAGAUUUGUGUCUGAGUGGCAAACUGUGAUCAACUGACUCUUACGAUGAACAGUUUCUUGUAUGUUUGUACAUGCUGUGUCUUGUCUACUGGAUCACUAUGAAAUAAUAGUGUUUGUUACAUAUCAAGGGCAUUAAAUGGUUGCAUGGAUGUGAUGUGUCCUUGUGAAUCCUCAAAAGUGCCCAACUUCUUUUUUCAUUAAA